CAGGUAAUUAUUGUCUGAAUGUGAAUUUUCUGUUUUUGUGAUACAUUCGGUUCUGCAAAUCAUCGUGUGAUAGCAGUUAAAUUUGGUAGACAUUUAUCAGCUCGGUUAUCGUGUCAGAGAAAUGAUUUUUCUAAAAAUAAUCACAAUCAACAAAAUGACUUUAAAAAUCGUGAUAUUCCUCGGGUCAACCAGAAAUAAUCGUAUGGUUGACAGAGUUUGCGCUUAUGUAAAGACGAUAGUUGAAAGGAAGGGCAUGUGUCCGAUAAUUAUGGAUCCAGCAAAAAUGCCAUUUGAAAUUGUAAAAGCUCCUUUACAUUUUUAUCCGAAUCCGGCUGAUGCACCACAGUGGCUUCGUGACACUAAUGAUGCGAUUAAGGAAGCCGAUGGUUUUCUUAUGCUUUCACCAGAGUACAACUAUACUCUUUCUCCAGCUUUAACGAAUAUGAUCGACCACUUUCCACCAUCAUCUUACCGACAUAAGCCAGCCGCAGUCGUUACUUAUUCCAUGGGUAAUUUCGGAGGAAUCGUUUCGUCUAUAGCAAUUUUGCCAUUUAUGGUAGCACUCGGCUUAGUACAUAUACCAUCUGGAGUAACCAUACCAACGGUUCAAAAUAGUUUCAAUGAGAAUGGAGAAACUACUGACGAGGGGAUAGUUCGCAGAGUAGACAAACUAGUCGACGAAUUAAAAUGGUAUGCCGAGGCUUUAAAUGACAAACGAGCAGUGUGUGCACCACCGUCUUAAU